CUUGUGGUGGCGACUGAACUGCAAGUUUAGCCGUUAGAGAGGAAGUUGAUCAGCUCGGUUGGUUCAGGCAGGCUAACUUGCUAAAAAAAAGUAAACAAGUUUUCUGGCUGCUAUCAAAGUAAACACUGUAGCCUUUCAGCUAUGAAAGAAGACAAAGAAAACACGCGACCGAAGGAGAAAAAAGUCGAGAUAAGGUGUGAAGAUGGAGAGAAGACGGAGAAGUGUAAGGAGAAGAAGGAGACCAUGACAAAGGUAGAAACUGCUAGCAGAGCUGUUAUUGCUAGCAGCAGCUGCUUAAAGAUUGUGAUCAGGAGGUUACCUCCUAAUCUAACUAAAGAGGAGCUGGAGGAGCAGCUGCAGCCUCUUCCAGAGGUGGACUACAUGGAGUUUUUCUCCAACGACACCAGCCUUUUCCCCCAUCUCUUCGCCAGAGCUUAUAUCAGUUUCAAAAAUCAGGAGGACAUUGUUCUCUUCAGGGAUCGAUUCGAUGGAUAUGUCUUCAUAGAUAACAGAGGACAGGAGUAUCCUGCCAUCGUGGAGUUUGCCCCUUUCCAAAAGACAGCUAAGAAAAGAAGCAAGAAGAAGGACUCAAAAUGUGGAACAAUUAUUGAAGAUCCCGAUUAUAAAAGGUUCCUUGAGUAUUACAAUGGAGAUGAAGAGAAGCUGACGUCGACGCCGGAGACUCUGCUAGAGGAGAUCGAGGCAAGAUCGAAGGAACUGGAAGCCAAAAAAACAACUCCUCUGCUGGACUUUCUGAAGAACAAACAGAGGCUGAGGGAGGAAAAGAAGGAGGAGAGAAAAAGGAGGGAGCUUGAGCGGAAGCGAAUACGUGAUGAAGAGCGCCGCAAGUGGAGGGAAGAGGAGCGGAGGAAACGAAAGGAGGCGGAGAAGAUGAAAAGACUUGAGAAACCGCUGGAGAAUAAAGACAAGGAGCAGAACAAAGAAGAACCCAAAAUUAAGCUCCUGAAGAAGCCGGACAGAAAUGAGGAUGGAGAUUCUGAAAAACCCAAGGAGAAGUUCAAGAAACCGGAGAAGCCACAUAGAGAGGACCGACCCUCAGGGGGCCCUGAUCACAGGAGGAGGCAGAACUUAGGCAGCAGGGAGGAUCGAGAAAGAAAAGGAUAUGAAGAUGGCCGGAAGGAGUUCAGAGAGCGUGAUUUGGAGCGAGAGAAGGAGAGGGAGCACCGGCAGAGAGAGAAGGAGCGCAUCCGACGGCAGGACGAGGAGCGGCGGAGACGGAGGGAACAGCAGGACGGGGAGAAUACGUGCAGAAAACGGGAGGAGGAGCUGAAAAAAGAAAAGGCCUUAGAGAGGAGGAGAAGUGAGAACUCUGCAGACUCCCCUCACUCCGAGAACAAGAAGGAGGAGAGCGGUAAAAGGGAGCGAGUGCGUAAUAAGGACCGGCCCGCCAUUCAACUGUACCAGCCGGGGGCCAGGAGCCGCAACCGCACGGCAGGAGGAGCAGAAUCUAGCUCUGCCGACCGGAAACCAGAGCCUGAUAACAAGAAAGCAGGAGACAGAGGAGAUGACUGAGGGUUUUGUUUAUUUAUUUUGUGUGACAACAGAGGCUCGUGAGGCUCAGAGUCUCAAGCAGCACUGAUGGAGCAUGGCAUCACCCGCCUAUCCCAGUCCCCGCGGAAGAGGGUCUGUUAUGCCUCUCAGUGCCCGACUGACACCCUGUUUAGUACAGAAUUAACUGUAACCGUUUGGAAGGGUGCAGCUGUAGGGCUCAGUAGGUGAUGCCAAAGUUUUCCUGGUGGCCUUAUGUCAUUAAUGUCGCUCUGGUGGGAAAAUGUUUCACUGUUAACAUCAGAUCAAAAUCUGUGUCUCCAAAAUAACCCCAGGAACUCCCAUAUAGCGCUAUGCUCUAUCAGUUUCACAUUCUCACACUUCAUUCCCCUGGUUUUCAAAGGUCUGGGUACAAUACCUGGUUUUUCAAAAAUAAAAAAUGAGUCCAUAAUGAAUCCUUAAAUGUGACAAUUCAUGUAUCUCUCAGCUGCAGUCAUACUAAUCUGGUCAGUCAAAAAUGUAAUAAAGUUUGAGUUACCUGGUUACACAAGUGUGCACACUGAAAAUGUUGUUUAUGUUUAUGCAUUUAGCAUUCGCUUUUAUCCAAAGCGACUCACAAAGAUACAGUAAUCAUCAAUAUGAAAGGGAAAUCCUUAAUCAGAUUUAUUUUCUGUCUUUUUAAAAAAAAUAAUAUUCAGUCUGCUUUCUACAUAGUGGUAAUAUUUGUAAACUCUGCCUCAAGCGUUCUCCUAAUCUAUUAGAUUUUUUCCGCUAUUCUCAGGUCAGCUCAAAGAUUGUCUGUCAGAUGUAAUUCUGACCUCUCCAUAAAAUAUACUGAAACUGAUAUUUGCUGAUUAGUGUGCUUCUGUUUUCUCCUUGUAAUCCUGCUACAUAAAAGCAAAUGGAACUGGGGAGAUUAUAAAAAACGAAACUUUUACCUGAAAAUAAAAGAAUCCCAGAUUCUGAUGCUGCCACCCCCAUGCCUCAUUUUUGGUGCAGUUUUAUUUUUGUCUAAGAAAAAAAAGAACAAGAAAAAGAACUUUCAAACGAGGAUGGUAAAGUGAUGCAUGCUGCUCAAAAGGUUUUGGGAGUUUUAAGGCAGACCUGUGGGAUUUAGAUAAAUCCUCCUGCUUUGCAGUGCUCAUCCUUAGUCCUUAAAUAUGGAGAAUGUAGGAGAGUUUAUUUUGAAAAACUCAAUCUGCAUUUGUAAGGAGAUCCUGCAGCUUCAUCAGUUUUGCUGUUGGCUUUUUGACAAAUUCCCUAACUGGUUUUCUUUUCUUUUCUUCUUUUAUAAUUGUCAUAAAAUUUUAUAGUUUUUCUGCUGUUCUACAUUUUUGGGAUUGCAUAUUUUUUCCGGUUUAUCAGAUCACUAUUAUACAUGAGGGAAGUCAAAGAAAUUGAAGAAGAAACUGAAUUAUAGGGUGUUUCAAGAAGGUAUUGGUUAAAGGUUAAAGGCGAGUUUUACUCCUAAAGGUUUGUGUUUCAGAGAAAUUUAACAAAGACACACUAUGUGUCCUAUAGUUAUUGGAAAACAUUUUAAAAUGAUUUAUCACAAACUCUUUAAUUUUUUACCUUAAAAACACGGCAUUGCAUCAUGGCAUGGGUGUGUGGACUUUCUGAAUUUGCUGUUCUUCACAGUUUGUCUUUCUAAUUUCAUGAGCUAAACAAUAUAACUUUUUUUUUCUUUGCUUGCUCCUUAAUUUUCAUUUUAUGCAAUUAAUGGCUGAGAAAGAUAUUUUAAACCACACUGCCAUGUGAGAUCUGUGCUUGCUUUGCAUUGUUCAGUGGGAUCCACAUGUGGCCUUAAAUUGGAGAAUCACUUUUAACAUGAUUUAUCUGUAAAACGAGUGCAGUCUUAGGACAAAUCAUUGCUGGUAGUACUAAUAAAAUGACUUUUUUUGGGAAAUAAAAA